AAACGCAGAUUGUUAACAUUGGAGAGUCGAUAGACGCAUUUUGUAUAAUGGGAAUGACAUUUUAAAAAUACUUUGCAGACCAUCGGAUUCCGUAGAAAUAAGCCGGAAAUGCUCUAACCAAACAAGAGACGAGAAGCAAAAUUGCUGCUACGACGUCGUGCAAAAUCACUUCUAAAUCUAGAGCAGAAGCAAGUUUUGAUCAUCUCGAUCCAGUCGAAGAUGGAGACGAACAUCUUCUUCAAAUCCACCGCCUUCUUACUCUCGAUCCUGUGCUCGACAUGUCUCUGCUGUGCGAUUGCCUCAAGUUCCUCUUCUUCUUCCUCGGAAACCACAAUGCACACCAACAAUUGGGCCGUCUUGGUUUGCACUUCUCGAUUCUGGUUUAAUUAUCGGCAUAUGGCUAAUACUUUAUCCUUAUACAGGACAGUAAAAAGGUUAGGGAUACCCGAUGAAAGGAUAAUACUUAUGUUGGCUGAUGAUAUGGCCUGCAAUGCCCGAAACAAAUUCCCUGCCCAAGUCUUCAACAAUGAGAACCACAGACUUAAUUUGUAUGGAGAUAAUGUUGAGGUAGAUUAUCGAGGUUACGAAGUGACAGUUGAAAACUUUUUUCGAGUGUUAACGGGGCGUCAUGAAAGUGCUGUUCCAAGGUCGAAACGGCUUCUGAGCGACGAAGGAAGCCACAUACUCCUGUAUAUGACGGGACAUGGGGGAGAUGAAUUUCUCAAAUUUCAGGACUCAGAGGAGCUUCAGAGUCACGAUUUAGCUGAUGCAGUUAAACAAAUGAAAGAAAAGCGCAGAUUCAAGGAGCUGUUGAUAAUGGUAGACACUUGCCAAGCUUCUACUCUGUUUUCUCAGCUUCAUUCUCCUGGUGUUUUGGCUAUUGGAAGUAGCAUGAAAGGGGAAAACUCUUACUCACAUCACUUGGACUCUGAUGUUGGUGUCUCUGUUGUGGAUCGUUUCACUUAUUAUACCCUUGCUUUCUUUGAGAGGCUAAAUAUAUAUGAUAAUGCGUCAUUGAGCAGUCUUUUCAGUUCAUAUAAUCCAAAUCUGCUGAUGUCAACUGCAUAUUACCGAACUGAUUUGUACCAGCGACAACUGGAGGAGGUUCCUGUCACGAACUUCUUUGGUUCGGUUAUGGAAACUAUUCAUACUGAUUCAGCUUAUAGAGCCCUCUCAGGCAGAGAGUCCAACAGGGCUAAGAUCAAAAUUUCGCCAGAUCAACUAACCAGCCUUCAGGAGCAAAGAACACUUGCGAGUUCAAAUGUCCAGCAACAAAUGAAUGACUCGGACACAAAGGGUGCUUGUCCUUUUACACUUAUGAUGGCUAGGUUUCAUGACAAGAUGGAGAAUUUUGAAAAUGUUGACACCGUGGUCAACUACGGGUUGGUAGUGUUGCUUCCGUUGUUGGCAGUGUCAACUUGGCUAUCACAAUGAAGGUACCAAGUAACCGAUAAGGAGCACCAGGGUGGAGCAAAUUGAAGUCAACAUUAGCAUGGAUCAGCAUUGUUGCUGUUGAAAAGCCACGUCGACAUUGGGCCUGGGAACUGAAUCUGCAAUGCCAUGUACAUUACCAGGAUAUUUUACGUCAUUACGUGUGAUAGUCAGUCUAGAUACUGGAGAGGCUAAUGUUUGUUACUUUUUCAUAACAUUAGAUUUUAGAAUCUCUCCAUUGGUUCACAUCAUGUCUUGUUUCCAUAAGUUUAUUUGUUUUGGGAAAUAUGGUUGCAAAACGUUGUCAUGUCUUUGCAAGUCUCGGUUCAUUUCUCUUUAAAUUUUUAUGUAUUGAGGUCAUUCCUGCAGAAUAUUAUUUGGUUGAGAAUUCAAAGGCCAUGACCAUAUUGUUUCUUCAGAAAUGGAAAUUCCAAAUGUUGCUGUUGGCGAA